UCGGCGAUAUAAUUUCAUAACAAUGAGAAGUUUAUUUAUAACGACACUUUUGUGUUUUUUAGCCGUUUCAGCAAACGGAAGUGUUGAAUAUGCAAGCCAAUCAAACUCACUUAAUUUUGGUAGUGUCUUCAAAUCCUACAUAUUGGCAAUAAAGCGUAUAAUGCCUUGUGGUUAUCCUGCAUGGAAUCUUCCUGUAUUAGCACCUAUAACCUUGGAUUACUAUACUUAUAAUAUGACUGGUCAAAAUUAUGAACUCAAUGGUAAUCUCUCUAAUCUCAUCUUUACUGGUUUAAAUGAUUUCACUUUAAUUGAAUUUGAAUAUAAUACAACAACAAAUCACUUCAGCUAUGAUGCUAUUUUUACAAACAUGCAGCUCCUUGGAGAAUAUUUUAUAGACGCUUUGAUUGAACUUGGUGCAAUACCAUUAAACUUGAAAGGAAGUGGAGUACUUAACUGGAACUUUUUGAAUUUACGUGUAAUUGGCAGCUUCGAUUUGGUGUCCAGUCAAAUAAUACAAAAUGGUGUUGGUAUAGCAAACACAAAAUAUAAUUUUUUGUUUGGUGAUAUAAUUAAUGAAAGCUGGAAUGAUUUAUGGGAUAUACCUGUGAAUAACUUCAAUAACUAUUGGUCUAGUGAAACUCUAAAAAUGCUCUCUCAAGAGUUGCAGCCGCUUGUAAAUAAAUACUAUGGUGAUGUUGUUACACCCACUAUGAAUCGUUUGUUAGCCGGUUUCACUAUGGAGGAAUUAUUAGCAUUCUUAGUUAAUGGUACUAUGGAAUUAAAUGCUGUUAGCUGUACUUGA